AAACAUCUGCAGAAAAGGAAAGGGGGGUAUUUUGAAAAUGUAAUCAGUAGGACUGAUGGUAUACUAGUAGCAAAAUGGGUCGACAAUUGUGUUGUUUCUGUUGCUACAAACAGAUAUGGUGUUACGCCUGCGACAAGCGUCAAACGAUAUUCGCAGAAGGAAAAGAAGCACAUACAAAGAAAAUCGAACAAAUCUCAAAUCCCUCAAAUAAACCUUAGAAGGACCGUCGUACAACUAUAUCUGAAGAAGUAUUCACUAGCACCUAAAGGCGGUGGAAGAGUUGCAUCGCCAUCUUCCUAUGUACAAGCGGUGGUCGAUGACGUUAGAUAUGAUAGAAUGGAUCACCUUGUGGAAAAAAAUUCCUAA